GCAUGUUCGAGCGCUACAUCGAGGGGCUCGUCGUCGACUACUUCUCCGAGUGGCUCGAUGGCUUCGACAAGGAGGGCAUGCGCGUGGCGCUCUUCGGCGGCAAGAUCUGCUUCGCCAACCUCAAGUUCAAGCGCGAGGCCCUCGACGCGCUGCGCCUGCCCUUCGUGCUCAAGGAAGGGCGGCUCGGCAACCUCUUCAUCAAGGUGCCAUGGAAGCGCCUCUCCAAGGAGUCGGUGCACGUCGUCUUGGAGGACCUCUACGUCGUGCUCGGGCCGUGCCACGAAGGCGCGAACGCGGCGACGCAGAGCGAGCGCCUCCGCUGGGCCAAGCAGCACGAGCUGCGCAUGCGCGAGCUUCUCUGCGCGAGCAAGUCGGACGCGGCGACGCCGACGAGUCCGCGCGAGAAGACGACGGAGACCGAGGCCAAGACCAAGCAAAGCUCGAGCUGGAAGUACAAGGACAAGAUCAUGAACACGGUGCUCGAGAACCUCUCGUUUGAGCUCAAGCGCAUCCAUGUUCGGUACGAAGACACGUCGAUGGAAGUCUCUUCGCAUCCGCUGAGCUUUGGCAUCUCGAUCGACGAGCUCAAGGUCGCGACGACGAAUGCGAACGGCCACGUCGCGUUCCUCGACCGGUCCAGCUCGCACACACCCUUCGUGCACAAGCUCGUCGACCUCAAGAGUUGCUACAUCUACUGGGACCUUGCAAAGGCCACGGGCGGCACGCAAAUGACCUACCUCGUCGAGCCCUUUAGCACGACCGCGAAGAUCACAGAGAACCACGACGCGUCCUCGUACAACUUUAUUCCUCGCUACCGCGUCCGCGUCGCCGCGUCCGAUCUCGUUGUCGCCGUCGCGCCCUCCCAGUGCAAGGACAUCACCAACGUGCUCCAUUUCUUCAGCGCCCACGAGACGUACCUCAAGCGCAGCGAGUGCCGCAAGCAGCGCCCGAGCGUCAGCGUGCGCGGCAACCCCCGCGUGUGGUGGCAGUAUGCGAUCAGCGCAACCCGUCGACUCUUGCUUCCGACGACAUCACUUCCGCCGUCCUGGCGGCAAUACGUCUACCUCGUCAAGAUGCGCGCUGCGUACAUUCCUCUCUACACGCGGUCGCUCAGCCUCGCGCCAUGGAAGCCGCCGCUCGAGCCCGCAGAUGUUGCGCUACUGCAGGCGAUGGAGGACGAUCCGCGCUUGACGGCUGAGACGCUGGUCUUCUUCCGUCUCUGCGCGAAAGAGGAGGUUGCGAUGGAGACGACGCGUCGAAAACACAUUAAAGACAAGACAAAGGCGGCGGCCAAGUGGAGCCUUCUGAAAAAGUCGCCGGCGCCGUCGCCGACCAAUGGAGCACCGACGCCGAAAUUCUCGCUCUUCUCGCCGCGCAAGGCCGAGCCCAUUGUGCCGCCGUCGCCGACGUCUGCGGGCCCACCGACACCGACCUCGGCCCUGCAGGUGACGCUCGAGCCCAUCGAGCGCCAGCUCGUGUACGAGCACGUGGGCUCGUGGUUUUUUGAAGACGACGCGCUGCCCGUGGCACCGUCACCGCCCACAACGGCCAAAACGACCAAGUCCCCCGGCAUUCUCUUGGGCCUCGACUUUAGCAUGGACCGCGUCCAAGUCGCGGUCGCCAAGGAGAGCCUCAACGACGCCAAGCAAGUCAUUCGAAAGGAGUUUGUCCGCUUCGACAUGAGUGCGAUCGCGUUCUCAGUGCAGCACCAUCUGCACGUUGGCCACGGACGGCAAGAGUGCAACGUCGAGUUUUCCGUGGGGCACAUGGAGCUCCUCGACGCGACCGUGCCGGCCGACUCGCCGUUUGCCGUCAUUUUUGGUCCGCUCCCGCACUUGCGGUCCAAGGCGCCGCUGAUUCAGCUCAAGUACGACGCCCAGCCAUCGCUCUCGAGCAUCACUCUUGCAGUCGAUCCGGCCCGCCUUUUGUACCACAAGAAAGCCAUGGACAAGAUCGCAAAGUACAUCACGCCCGACCUCGACAAGAAGCCUGCUUCGUCCAAAUCGACAGCCUUCAACGACGCCAGCAGCAGCAGCGACGACGACGAGGCGAUCUUGCCUCUGCACGUUGUCGUGCAUGCCUCGCAAGUCCAAGUCGCGGUCGCGGCGUUCACCUCGUCGCUGGAAGCGGUCGAUGUGCUCUUGGUGCCCGUGAGCCAGCUGCAGCUACUCGCCGACGAUGCGACACUGGCCCACAACUGCCGGCUCCUCAAACGAUUCCCGUGCACCGUCCAAGGCACUUGCAAGGAGACGACGACGACGACGACGAGGAUCUGGAACUACAACGUGGUGCUCGGCCCGCUGCUCGCCAACGUCCUCGAAAGCCAAGUCCGAUCCCUCGUGCAUUUGGGUAUGUACUUGGCGCCACCAGCACAUUCUACCACCAAGGUCCGUGGCCUGCCAACGCCGCUCGUCGUCCAUGUGGAGACACCUGCUAUGCAGUUGCGCGUCGUCGGCAAUGAAGUGCUUCGGUCCGGCCUUCAGUUGGAUGCCAUCAACGUUCGCGCAGACGCGACCCGCGAGGCAAAUGGCGCGUUGACGCUCCUAGGACAAGUUGAGCAGCUUCUCUGCAAAGAGGCGGUGGCCACGACGACGCACCGGUCGUAUUCAUUUGAUAAGCGCGUCACGACUACCCUCCUGGCGAUGCAAGACGCGGCAACAUGGACGUGCGUGGUGGCACCCGGCGCGUCGCCGAUCCUGACGCUCGAGCUCCCGCACUGCGACGUGUAUUGGAACUACCACGUGCUGAAAGAAGCGCUCCUGUGCUUCAUCGUGCCGUGGCCACUGAGCCCAGUCAUUAUCUCGGACGUUCUUCUCGCCCGAGUGAUUUUGCGCGCGUCUGGCGUGUGCUGGCAUCUCAACCCCGCCGACGACUUGGUCUUUGACGUUGUGUGCGGCAAGCUCGACACGCGCACGGCCGUGUACCUCAACGGCGACGUCUUUUGCGAUAUUGCAUCCAAUGACGUGCACCUCUCGGGCACAAAAGAGGAGAAGGUGCCGCUCUUGUCAGUGCCUGGGGAAGCGACUUUUCGGUAUGAAACCAGCGGCGCCGGCGCGCUCUCGGGCCGCGACAAUGCCGCCUCGUACGUCAAGGCAGCGCUGGGACACGUCCACAUGACCUACCACCACGCGUACGUUGUCGCCCUUGGUCAGUACACGCUCGGACGCGUCGCGGAGCUCUUCACGUGGUUGUACUUGGCGCGCGAAGGCUUGGGCAAAACGGCCAUGGCGCCGGCGCUUCUGCGUUGCAAGGUCGACGCGGCGAUCGAGACCAUCGAGAUGCAGCUGCCACCGAGCACCGGCGCUGUCGCAGACUGGGUCGUCCGCGUCGAGUCGAUGCAAGUGACGUCGUCGCGGUACCUCACGACCGACUACGAGCAGUACACGGUGGCCUUCGAUCUUGGGUUGCCGCCGCAUUUACACGCCAAAGGCGCGCAAAUCGUCCUUGUAUCCGCCAAGCACGACACCAUCCUCGACGUGCUGGCGCCAGAAGUGACACUCGAUAUCGGCCAGGACCAAGUCGCGUACGCCCUCGCGGUGGUGCAAGACAAUCUGUUGGCAACGGCGCUGCCCAUGGAGGCCAUGGCCACGCUGGCGGCCGAGACCGAGGCGACCGACGACACUGUCGUCCUGCGCACCCGUAUUGUCGUGCCCGCACUAACGGUGACGCUUGUCCAGCAACACAAACCCCUCGUGUCCCUCAAGCUGGCGACGACGCGGCUGGAACUCGAGCAAUUUACGAACCGCGCGAUCACGCUGCAAGCCGCCGUGGGGGAUCUGUCGGUCACCGACACCGUCAAAGCCCUCGAACUCCAUCUCUUUGCCCGGACUGAGACGAGCGCGCUUAUUGUUAGCGUCGAGCUCUCGCCCAACGAUGGCAACAAGACGGUUGUGUUGAGUCUCGACACGCUGCACGUCGUGCCCCACGUUGCCACACUCGUGUCGGUGGUUGCGUUUUUGAAGCAGCUGCCACGCCCACCACCGCGCACCUCAACGACGACGACAACGGGCUCGCUCGACGUGACGCUCAAGCUCCUCGAGUACAACGUGCAGCUGAGUGCGAGUCCCGGGCGGAUUCUCAGCGUCCUCGGGUCGCUCGAAGCUCACAUCGCGCAGUCCAAGAAGCGACCGGUCGUCAAUGUCAAAGGCUCCGAAACACUGCUCUUACUGAGCGAAGCAUGGCCGCUUGCGGCAGCGAUGCCGCGGCUCAGUGACACGCUGCACUUGCUCGUCCAUGGCGUCGGGCGCGCGCUCUGUGCUGGCUUUGGCUUUGAAGUCGAUAUGGCACUCUCGGAGAGCGUCCAGCAGAUCUCGGCCUACCUCCUCGACGUCCACGGCGUUCUGAGCGGCGACGACAUGGCGCUGCUGUACUUUACCGCGCGGAGCUAUGCGCGGCAAGUGUCGCGCGCGUCGAGCGGCGCGCCGUCGGCGUCCGAUUGGUUCCUCACGUUGGUCUUCAACUGUGCGAGCUUGACGCUGAUUUCGCCGCAAGGCGACACGUUUGCUCCAAUGCUCAAGCUCUAUCUGUACAACUUGCUGCUCAAAGAAGCGUACAAGAGCUCGACCAAUGCGUCGGUGGCGAGCGAUCUCAGCGUCCAGUUCUCAGACGAGCCCGAGCGCCAGCUCUCGGAGAAGGAAGGCAUGAGUCUCUGGUGCUUCAACGCAUCCCUUGGCGCGUGGGAGCCGUGCCUCGAGCCGUGGUCCUUCCGCGCGUCCUUGGCGACGACGGUCGAAGACGACACGACGAUCCAGCGAGCGUCGUUCCAUGGCAGCAAAGCACAGAGUUGCCGCCUCAACGUGUCGCUCUCGACUCUCUCGAAUCUCUGCUGCGUGCUCCGACACCUCCUCGGCGCAUCACCGCCUAUUAAAGUGCACAACGAUGUCGCUUGCGGCGUGUACGUCUGCAACGACAGCGACGAGCGCAUCUCGUACUGGGCCGCCAACGCCGACUGCCGGCGCCCGCUGAGCGUGCCGCCGCACAAGACGGUGCCGCUCCAGCUCGCCAAAGAAACGUUCUUCCCGUCCGACCAGACCAUUUCGCUCUGCUUUGGCGACGAGUGGCAACCGCUCAACGACGUCCGACUCCACGCCGCCGGCGCCUAUGUGUACCACCUCUCACCGAAAGAAAAAUGCGUCAAGAAGGCCGCCUUGCCCGUGCUUCUGGACGUGGCGUGCGUCAACGGACUCCGGACGCUCACCAUGUCGUCGAUCGCGCGGGUGUACAACGACGGUGACGUUAUUGUCCGUGUCGGCGUUGUCCUGACCGAGGACGAAGACGGCAGCAGUCGCAUCGUCGAGGCGUGCGAGAUCGCGCCCCAUACGUUUCAGGCGUUGCCGCUCACGCUGUGCAAGGGUCUCGGCGACACGCAGCUCGUGUUUAGGCCACUGUUGCCCGGGUACAGCUGGAGUGCGCCCGUUCUCAUCGACGCCGAGGCAAUCGAAACCAUUGCAACGUGCCCCCUCACGUCCGUGAGCAAGAAGGGUUGCAAGUGCCUCGCGACCUUUAGCGCGACAGUCACCUCUGCGAGCGCGACCGUCGACGUGUGCACGCACGGCGACUUCCAUUUGCGCGUCGUCUCAGCGCUUCUCGCGCCACGCAACCGACACGCGCUCUCGCAGUUUGUGGCGAUUCAUGUCUUGGCGCCGAUGACGAUCGAGAACCGGUGCCCGAUGCCGAUCCAGAUGCUCAUGUUUACGACCAAGAAGGUGCCGCCGCUUGACGCGCCGGCGCGGCCGCCGCAGCUCGACGAAGAGAUCGAGCCGGUGCAGAUCCACUUGGUCUUUUCCAAGUCGAUCGCACCACGCGAGGUCAUCCACGUCUAUGCAGCGUCGUUGCUCUACAAGACGUAUGCGUCCAUGGCGCUCGCGGACCCGCGCUGGAGCCCGCUCAAGCCGCUGCACGUGCCCGAGAAGGACAAGACGAUCUGGGCGGUCGACGAUGCCAGCGGCCGCCAGCACUAUCUUCAAUGGGCACUGCUCGAGUCGCCGUUCAAGCAGCGUCAGGCCGUGGUCUUUCCGAGCUACAUUCUCUACGACCAGACGGCAUUGUCGCUCGUGUACGACGUGGACGCGGCGCGGCUCCAAUCUAAAAAGUCGUUCAUUUCGUUUGGAAGCAACUCCAAGGGCAGCAACCUCUCGUCGUCCGACAGCCUCGAGACCGACGUGAUCCAUGCCUCGCUGCAGGCCCUCGCCAAAGACGCCGUGCUGGACGAGGCCGCCGGGCGCUUGCCCCAAGUCCUCCGCACGUCGAGCUCGCUCGUCCGCCUCGACGCCAUUAGCGACUCGGUGCAGAAUUGCCACCGGCUCUUUAGCGACCUCACGCGCGAGUGGCAUGACAUUGGCGCGCUCUCGCGAGACGCCGACCACCGCACCACGAUCAUCACGUUCGUGCCGCGCUACAUGGUGCUCAACAAGACGCCGUACGCGCUCUUGCUCUGUCCGUCGACGCUCUUGAAGGAGAGAGACCUCACACGGCUCCCGACGCUCGAUGCUUCGUCGACGCCGCCGCCCAACCUCGUCGGGAGUCGACAAUAUGAACCAAAGCGGGAUAGCUUCUCGACGUUCCAUUGGUCGACGAUGAGCGACCCGACCGACCCGUGCGUCCGCGUUCGCCCUGCCGACGUACUUGCAUGCGUUGCGUUGGCGUCGGGCUGGAAGUGGUCCGGCAAGUUCUCGCUUCACGACGUGGGGGAGACGGCGCUCAACGCGGUGAACCGGGUCACGGGCGAGAUCCACAUCGUGCGCGUCCAGAUCCGCGUUUACCGGGGCACGCAAAUCUACGUGGUGUUCUCGCACGAGUCGAGUGCGCCCUUGUAUCGCAUCGUCAACCUCUCGGACGACGUCGUCCACUUCCACCAGCACGUCCUUACGGAGGCCAACUUGACGGCGAAACCCACGAUGCGCCGUCUCUUGCCAACAGACGACCUCUGCUUCGGGUGGGACGAGCCGUACUUUGUCGACGAACGCACCUUGGCGCUGAGCUUUCCCAACGCCGUGAGCUGCCAAGUCCACGUCGAUCGCAUCGCGGACGAUGUGCAGCACGUCGAGCUGAACGGCGCCAAGGUCUUUCUCCAAGUCGUGCUGGACGGUCUCACCAAAGUGCUCUACAUCCAAGCCCACGCGCCAUCCCCACGCGACGAGCUGUUGCGGAAUAAGAAGCCGCCACUGCUUCGCCACGCACGCUACAUUGUCGAUUGCGUCCUCCCGCACACCGUGUUGUCGCUCAUUGACGGCGCGCCCGCCGAGCUGCUCGUGCUAACCGUCUCCAACGUCAUGGUCAUUGGCGGUCUCACGCCCGACGACAACGAAGUCGAACUCACGAUCGAGCGUGUCCAGAUCGACAACCAGACGCCCAACGCCAUGUUCCCGGUGGUCUUCGCUCCGUCGUCGCCCCCAAGCCCCGCGACCGACGACGAGGGCAAGACGGAGCCCGCACCAUUUGUGCAUCUCUCGCUCAUUCGGCUAUUUUACAGCGCGGACAUUGAGUUUUUUAAGUACUUUUCAGCGCUCAUGCAGCCCGCGACGCUCCAGCUCGACGCGUCCAUCUUGCUCUCGAUCGCGCAGCUCGUGGGCGACGGCGUCAACGUCGUGCAGAGCUAUUUCCCGCACUGGUUUGUCACCGACCACACGCUCGCGUUCGUCGAGAAGCUCCACGCCAAGAGCGAGCCGCGCGUCUACUUCGAAACGCUGCAGCUGCACCCGCUCAAGCUCUGCGUCACGUUCACCCAGAGCACCCUGUCCCGCCAAGCCAAGGAGACCGUUAUGGCCGUCGUUCCGCUCAUGUUUCGCGUGCUCCAGACCAACUUGGCCAACAUCGACAAUGCAUCGCUGCAUCUCAACGCGCUCCACAUUUCGUAUUCGUUCUCGUCCAUCUCGCUUCUCGUGUCGUCCGUGCGCCAGCACUACACGACCCAGUGCCUCCGCCAAGUGUACUCGCUCCUUGGGUCGGCCGAGAUUCUUGGCAACCCGCUCGGGCUCGUCUCCAACCUCGGAAGUGGCGUUAAAGACUUUUUCUAUGAGCCCGCGGCAGGCAUGGUGCAAGGCCCGGGACAAUUCAUGAAAGGGCUCAGCCGCGGCACCGAGAGCUUGGUGAAAAACUCGGUCUACGGCACGUUCAACGCCGCGAGCAAGCUCACGGGAAGCAUCUCGACGGGCCUCGUCAACCUCUCAAUGGACAAAUCGUACAUCCAAGCGCGCACCAACCGCAAGGCGUCGCAAGGGCCCACCAACGUCGGCGCUGGCUUCCUCCUCGGCACCAAGCAGCUCGGCCAGGGUAUCUUCGCGGGUGUUUCGGGCGUCAUCACGCAGCCCGUCAUGGGCGCCUUCCAUAACGGCCUCACGGGCUUUGUCGAAGGCGUCGGCAAAGGCAUCAUUGGCGCUGCGGUCAAGCCCACCGCUGGCAUCCUCGACUUGGCGGCCCAGACGACGGCCGGCAUCACGUAUUCUGCCGCCACCCACGACAAGAAGCCCAAGCUCCAGCGUGUUCGCUUGCCGCGCAUGAUGGCGACGAGCGACAAGCGCUUGACGAUUUACUCGGACGAGACGGCCAUGAUCGCGAUGCUUCUCGCCAAGCUCCCAAAAGAUGCGCUGUCCAUCGACGAGCAGCACGAGCUGCAUGUGAUGUUGCCAGGCUCACGCGUCGUGCUCGCCACGUCGCACCAGCUCAUGGCGCUUGACGCGACGAGCGUUCUCAAGCCGCGCGUGCUGUGGGCGUACCCGGUCCGGCACGUCUUGAGCAGCGUGAGCACCGAUACGGGCGUGAGCAUUUCGAUCCAAGCCGAGAGCGUUAUUGUCGUCAAGGUUGCCCUCGAACCGCAGGACGACCGGGAGCGCGAUCGCGUUGAAGACCUCGUGUGCAAGGUCGUGAGCCAAAACACCAACCACCGCACAACGGGGAGCUUUCGGUCCUAGAUGCCGCGUACUUGGUGCCCCCAUCUCAUUUCUUAUUCACACUA